UUAAAUUAUUACCGAUAAGACUAGUGCACGUGUGAAUCGUAGUAAGUCGUAAUAUUUGUGCUUGUUUUUGUGAAGGUGUUUUCAGUUUAGAACAAAUAUUGUCGUCUGAAAUUAAGGAGAUAAUUAAAAGUUGAUGGGUAAACACCGAAGAAAAGAAAAUUUAUAUCCAAGAUGACGAGCCAAGUAAUUACGGCCAGCAAUGGCGACGUACGGUUACGUCGUGAGCUGGGCCUAUUUUCUGCGAUCAGUAUGAUCGUCGGGGUGAUGAUAGGUUCAGGUGUUUUUGUUUCACCUUCAUCAGCAUUGGCGCACUCAGGAUCUGUAGGAUUCUGCCUUUUGGUGUGGGCUAUAUGUGGUGUUAUUUCAUUAUUAGGUGCUCUGGCCUUUGCCGAGUUGGGUACCGUAGUCCCUCGUAGCGGAGCCGAGUACGCCUAUUUCCUCGAGUCGUUCGGGGACAAAAACAAAUUCUGGGGACCGCUGCCCGCCUUUGUCUGUUCGUGGGUGUAUGUUGUAGUUCUUCGACCCGCUGAAGUGGCUGUGAUAGUUUUAACAUUUGCCGAAUAUGCAGUACAACCAUUUGUCUCCUGUAACCAAGGAGAUUUAAUUAAGAAAAUAGUAGCUUUACUUGCCAUAGGUCUCAUUACGUUUAUCAACAUUACCAGUGUCAAAUUAUAUGUGAAAUUGCAGAAUGUUUUCGCGACGUGCAAAAUUGUGGCGUGCUUGGUUGUAAUUGCAGGAGGGCUUUUUGAGUUAUGGCAAGGACGCGUCGAACGUUUAUCCAGCGGUUUCGCCGGAACCACGACAUCUCCAGGCAGUAUAGCUUUGGCGUUCUACAGCGGCCUCUGGGCAUACGAUGGAUGGUCUUCAGUUACCACUGUCACUGAGGAAAUCCAAAAACCCGAGGUCAACAUUCCUAGGAGCAUUGCCAUUGCCGUUCCUCUGAUAACAGCCUUAUAUGUGUCAAUGAACGCCGCUUAUCUGGCCGUUUUGGAUAUACCAGAAAUGAUAGCUUCGCCUGCAGUCGGCUUAGCGUUUGGUGAAAGAGCUUUGGGACCAUUUGCUUGUGUUAUACCUUUAGGAGUAGCAAUUUCUACAUUUGGUUGCGCCUUAAGCAUACAAUUUGGAGUGACCAGAUUGUGUUACGUAGCUGCCCAAGAGGGCCACAUGGCUCAAGCUCUGUCGUACGUCCACAUCACCAGAAUGACCCCUGCACCAGCAGUGGCUCUGCAAGGAAUUAUUUCUGCAGCUUUUAUGCUUUCAGGAGAUGUUAUAGCAUUGAUAGAUUUUGCUAGUUUCUUGAUUUGGUUUUUCUAUGGCUGUGCUAUGGUUUCAUUGCUUGUGCUGAGGAAAAGCAAAGCCAAUGUUCAUAGACCGUACAAAGUGCCUACAAUCAUUCCUAUAUUUAUUUUGUUGGUAGCAGUAUUUUUAUCAGUGAUGCCAAUUGCAACGGAUCCUUCGCCGAAGUUUUUGUUUGCAGUCGGUUUUAUAUUAUCAGGCGUGGCUGUGUAUAUACCUCUUGUAUAUUACAAGAAAAAGCCUUCUUGGAUGGAGGGCCUGACAUAUCUCAUCCAGGUUUUGUUUGAAGUAGUGCCACCCAAAAUUAGUGAUGGUUAAAUAAAUAAUUUAGUGUAAAACAAUCAUAAUAAAUAAUUCGUGCCUUUUUCGCAUUUAUUAGCGAAAUAUUUGAGAAACAUUAGGAAAUGAUAUUUUCUACGGCGUUAGUGAAAUU